UUUUGAAACCCCCAUUUGUUUUACUUUUAAUGUUCAAAGCAAAAACAAACACUUCCAAACAAUCUGUAAGCUUCCCGUAAAAACCAACUUCAUUCAAGCUCCAUUCAUAUUCAUCAGCUCCACUUCCUCGUAUAAGUUUUCCUUUCCCCCUAAUAUCUAGGGUUUCGUACAGUGAAGAGAAGAGGCUCGAACAUAAUCAAAUCCAAUGGAUUGGGGAAACGUAACCGUAGAGGAUCUGAUUGAUGCGCUUCGUGAAGUUGACUGGUCAUCUCCGCCACGUCCUCUCCCGGAAUUCUUCUCUCGUUUCACCGUCCCUCGAUCUUACGCCAAAUGGAAUAGCCGCCUUAAAUGCAAUCUCUACUACUACCGGACCAAUUAUUUCAUUAUGAUUGUUGUCAUUCUUGGUUUGGGAUUCCUGAGGAGACCAGUUGCUAUUUUAGCUGCUAUCUUAACAGCUCUCAGCAUUGCCUUUCUGAAUGACAGCUUUGCUAGUACUUUUAGUGAGAAGGUGACUAGAACUGUGAGACAAUUCUCUCCACAUUUAGCGGCUAAGAUGAGGCCCCCACUUACACCUGUUAUUCGUGGUCGUCCGGUGGCUAAAAGAACAAUUCACAUAUGCGGUCGGCCUCGUUGGGUCUUUGUCUUCAUAUUCUCAUCUGUGAGUUUCAUCCUUUGGUAUGUAUCAUGCGGUCUACUGACUGUAUUCUGGGCACUUGCCAUUGCACUGCUUGCCACCAUCCUUCAUGCAAGUUUUAGAACACCUAACCUGAAGGCUCGUCUUAAUACUUUCCGUGAGGAAUUUCGUGCAGUUUGGCGCAAUUACAGUGAGCUGUAGAUCAUACACUCUAUAGCAUGCAAUGAAGGCUCUGAUGAUAUGAAACUCGAAGAUCUUGUUAUUAUAAGGUUGCUUGGCUGCUGCUGUUGAUGAUCACUAAUCUUUGCAAUAUCAGACAAUGUGUAAAUUGUCAGUGCCUCUUUUGUUAAAUCAGACCAUUUCUGUCUUCACUCCGUUGCUGAAUGUUUUUACUCAAAGAGCUCUCCUUUGAGAAGAAAAAAGUAAGUGCAGAAUUUACAGGGGCAAUUAGCUAUCUUAUAGUUGUGUUGGUCAAGGUCAGCUGGUAAUGUCUUUUAGAUAUACUUGAUUCUUGGUUACCUGUUGUAGUUCAUUAAGUGUGAAUUUAUUGCUAAGAUGGUAUAAAACCUCGUGCCUUAGGAAAGAAUGUUCGUUUGCUGCGAA